AUGUCCGCCUCCUGCUUCACUGUAUGUGAGUCGCUAACGACGAGAUCUUCAUGGCUGGCGCGAAACGGUUGGACGGCUCUACCGGGGCAGUCAAGGGCGCUAAGCGACUUCUUAGCGUUUCUUGGACGCAUUUCGCGGUGUCGGAAGGUUCAUCGGUAUGUCACCGCUGGCUGCAUUUGUGUCGUUGCCGUCACGUGUGUCAUGCGGCAUUUUCGUCAUCCUAUUGCAAGGAGGGGGGUGAGUGGCCCGUGGAAACUCCUAAAGGGUUGUCAGGUAUGGCUGAGACGAGCACGCAGCUGUGAUCCCCCUUUUAGGCAGCAGGAGGACGCGGUUAGUGUUGAAGGAAGUUUUUGCUCCUAUCAGUCGUCGUCGAUAACCUCUACUUCUACAUCUUCCACACCCUUAUCGCCUGGUGCCACGUUGUGCGUUGAUGAGGAUGUUAACUCCACAGAUGUGGCCGAGAGGUCCUUCGAUUGGCACCGCCGGCGUUUGGAGCGAAAAUAUGUCGCGCCGCUGUUGCUGAUGUUGGCGGAGGUGGAGUGUGUGGGACAGCGGCUACUUCACGCGGCAACGCUGGUGAGAGGAGCCGUUAGUGUUCCCGUCGGGGAGAAGGUUGCAGGUGCGAAGGGUUCGAGCGUAAAAAAUGAGGAAGCGGGGUCGCUGCGUAAGCUCCUCCACAUCAAGACAAUGGAUGCAGAUGACUUACUUACACAGCUAAUAACUCAGCUUACUAUGAUACCUGUAGGAGACAAUCUCUCAUUGAAACUGAGACGUGAGGCUCUAAUGUCUUCCACCUCUGUUUUUGCGGAGUGCAUUGCUAAAUGGAUGUACCUGCCUCUAGGCACUUGGUGA